UAAAAAACAUAAGAUGUCUAUGACUUCGUCACAUGACCCUAUUAUUUUGUCCCCGUGAUCAAGUUGAGAAAAUUCAAAAAUAAUUACGCGCAAUGGCCAAAGUAGAAAUUGACAUUGAUAUGCAUGACAAUUCUCUCGAAAACAGUGGAGACGGUGAACUUAUGGGCAUGGUAGACGAGGGAUCUUUCGGGAGUGCUGAGGAUCGGUCUCAAUUAGUGGCUCAGUCAUUAUUUGAGUCCAACGCGGACACCACUACAUAUAACUUCAGAGAUUUAUCUGGUGGAGUAACAUACAAGAUAGUUCAAAUGACAUCCAGUGAAGAGGUUACCAAUAACAUAACAGCCCACUCACCAACACAUGUCCUUCCAGAUGGCGAAUUUUUUGUAAUCAGCAACCCAGUGGAGGUGUUUGGGACUGGCACAGCACAAAAGAAAACUAUCCGCACGGAACGGCUGCAGGCAAAAGCAGUGACCGCUAAAAAACGAGACGACAAAAGGCGAGCGACACACAACGAGGUAGAGAGGCGCCGGAGAGAUAAAAUCAACAAUUGGAUCACAAAGCUGGCCGCCCUAGUGCCCAACUCGGGUCUGCCCGACACAGCAAGCAAGGGCGGCAUUCUGGCCAAGGCUUGUGACCACAUCACGGAACUUACGGAGAAACAAAAAAGAUUAGAAAAGUUAGAAGUCGAGAAAGAAAAGCUGGUCCUCGAAAUAUUAAGACUCAACCAAGAGCUAACGGAGCUUCGGAAAGAGAACGUGACGAUGCGGAACCAACUAGCAGACAACUGCGCGGGGCCGCGGCCGAAGGCGGAGAAGCCUUAGCUGGAGCCCGGACCUGCGCUGGGUCAGGACUGAACGUACUAUCUCCGCGUCAUGGAGCGUCGACGGACUCGCGGUCACCACACAGGCUCUGACACGUGUACGGCCCAGCCGAGUGUAGCGUAGCGCCGAGGGGCCCAGGGGCAGCGCAAUGAUAACUCCAGAUAAGCUAGGGCUUCAAUUGUACAAAUUGUACAGUUGCUCUUUAGUCGCGCCCAGUGACGAGCUCCCGCACACCCAAAGAGAAAGAGAUAAGCUUAUGUCCCUAAUCAACAAAAUAAAUUCAUCACAAGAUUCAUAAGUAAAGAAAUAAACGUGGAAAUAUUUUUGUGCUCAUUAUGUACGAGUAUAUCAUUGAACAGCAGCAUCCACUAAGGCCCCUCGCAUACGGUCAUGGACGCCACGCCGCAAGCUUCGCUGGUCGCCCCGCUCGAGCGUAUUAUAUUUAUAGAGACCUACGCGUGGCGUAGUACUCAAUCGCAUAAAACACCGUUUUAUACAAAUACAGUCAGCAGUGAAAGUAGCUAAGUGGUCGUGAUGUUCAAAAUGACCUUCACACUAUCCUCUUAAUGUUGUGUUAAGAGGAAAGGGAACAAACGUAGACCCCAUUUUUCUCUCUGGAUACUGACAUUAUGGAAAAUAUUUUUACAUAAUUUGACUUUUUUGAUUAUUGAAAAACUUAGAUUUCAUACAAAUUUUUAAAUGCUUCUAUGUCUUAUCAUAAUAAAAAAUAAAUCAAACAGGGACAUAGCUGUGAUAUACAAAAAAAUGUAUCAAAAUAUGUUUAAUAAUGUUAAUAUCCAGAGAGGAAAAUGAGGACUGUUUGUAUGAAAAGGCGAUUUCGCGCGUCCUCCACUUUCGUCUUUAGUUCACUUUAAAGACCUCACCCACUUAGUAACUUUUAACAUACGUACAAGUCGUUAACUCGGACACAAAUUGAAAGCGUGAAUGUUUGGUGACCGCGAUUAGUGUUAUGCUCCUAUAAGUGAUUUGUGGAACAAGGUGACUAUGUAAACUCUUGGUGCUGGAAUGUGCGUGUGUUCAAGAGAAUAGUGAAGAAUGUAUAUUUUAACGUUUCAGCAGCACUGUGUGCAUGUUGCAAGUUAUAUUAUCUGUACUUUUUGGUAUUAAAAAUAAUGUAAAUUAAACCAUUGUGAUAGCCGAAUAGAGGUUGACUCAGUGACCACUUUUACCUUUAGGCCUUCAUCCUACAACAGAGAGAAGCUAUAUUCGUAUUUAAGAGUCCCCGGCAAGCUCGGCUGAAUUUCAUCUUCCCAUACAAACCCGAGUUUCGUUCUCAUUUUAAAACUAGGAGGUGGAUUGUAAUGAAACUUUGCAUAUACAAUUACAUGAGGUAUAUCAAGUCCUGUAAUUAGUUUAUAUAGCUCCAAUUUAUAAAACAAACGAAAUAGAGGAAAAACAAUUAAUAUUUUUUUACUAUGGUAUCUGAACUACGGAAACUAAUCACAGGACUAGCUAUGCCCUAUUGUAAGUACAAAGUUUCAAAGCAAUCUAGCUAGUCGUUUUAAAAUGAGAGCGUAACUACGUUUGCACGAAGAACCGAGCUAGCCGGGGACCCUAAGGUUUUUAUAUCUCGAAUGGGUCACGCGAUUUUGCUUCGUUUUGUUAUUUGAAAUAGCUAAAGUACAGAUGUAGUAGUAUAUGUAAUCGAGAACCAAAUAUGAAGUUUCUGUAAAUAUUAGUUACAAGCACUGACUGCCUGAUAUUCUAAAUAAUUGUAUGUAUAGUCCUGUUUGUCUAUGUUAACUUACAUUAACAUUUUGCAAGAGUUACUUUAUUUCCAAAUAAUAAAAGUGAAUAACAGUCAAGUUAGCAUUUUUUCAGGAAUAAUAUGGUUUAUCGGCCACAUAUGACCAAUAUACUUAAAUUUUAUAUGUAACACCAACAUUUGAUGAACAUUUUAUUUUAUUUAUGGCCUGAAUAUGAAGUAUCGCACUUUUGCUUGAUGUUAUGUUUGCCAGCAGUGCAGCUAGUAAAUAAUCGUAACUUUUAAUCAUGUCUUAAGUAUUAUUUUUAAACACGCAGUGAAAACUAGGUAUAGCUGUACCAUAUUGUCAAAAUAUUACCGUGUUAGCAAUUAAUUGAGUUACUAUUAGUAUGUAUAGUUUGUGUAAAAUUAUGCGUUCUCGUUUUAUUUGUUUUACCAUGCGAAAUUGCAUUAAGUGUUAGUUUAUGUUAUAGGAAUAUUUUGUUUUGUUCAAUUUAUUUAUCAAGUCAACACUUUUAUGUUAUUGCAUAUUAUGUGAAAUGUAAUACUCAAUAAAAUAACGUAUGAUAACUAAAUUCUGCAUUAAUGUGAUCAUGAUCAUACUUAAUACAUUUUUGCCAUAGUAAAAACAUCACAGUGUGUUAAUAAGACUAAUAGAAAGGAAGAGAUGUAUUUAGUCAACAUGGAUCCCAUUUGCACAUAUUUAUUAUUGUGCUUACUUCAGCAAAAAUAACUUUAUUUGUACUGAUCACAUGGCUAUGUUUAUUAUAAAAUUGAAUAUUUAUAAAAUAGCUGUUGUAAGUGAUACCACAGUCAUCGAACGAGUAAAGUUAAGUGUAAUUGGGUCCAAUCGUUGAAUAUUUUAAGUUUUCCCCGUUAUAAAGGUGUGCUAUUAGAUGGUGAUAGUAUGUGUGUUUCUUUACAAUCAGUUUAUGGAGGCGUCAGUAAUACUGAAAUUAAUUUCCAGUAGGUGUCAUGAAAUUGGUUAGUUAUUUAUAUGGAUGUUAAAAGCUUAGUCCCAAACGGUCAGCUUAAAAAAAUCAACUAUACCUCAAGCAUUUUUUCACUUAGCUCUAUUUAGAGCCAAGUGAAAAAAUGCUUGAGGUGGCAUAUAGUGGGCAAUCUCUUCCAAUCCGACCCGCACGUACUUAUAGGUUUGGGUAUUAUUGAUGCCCUUGCUUUAAUCAACGGUGGAUUUUUUUUGUGAUAGGUAAACAAUAAAUAAUAUUUCUAUAAUAUUGUAUUUAUGUAGUUAGCUGUCCACAUUAUCCUUUACUUAUUUGGAUUUACUAAAGACGUGCGCACGUUAGGCAUCUAAUAUCUGUGGAUAUAAGGAAAUUAGUCUCAUUAAAGUAACUAACCGAUUAGGCACAUAAAUACAGAUCAAAUUAACCGUAUCGAUAUUAUUUUAAUCUGUACGCCCUCUGUUUACUGCGCGGUGGAAUUAAAUAGUUAGUGUUGUUUUUGUACCACAUUGGUAAAAUGCGUGGUAGGUGGUGACUGAAAUUACUAUCAUUGACUAGAAUUAUGUAUAGAUGCAUUUAAAAUCAUACCCACGUUUUAUAAUAUUGGAAACCCGAUCAUAAUACAUUUUGUAUUUUUUUAUUUAUCUCGAGACCCUAAUGAAAUAUAAUUAAGUGUUGAUGAGAAA